CCCUCUCUUACCCACUCUCUCUCACCUCCUCCUUCCAUCUCCUCCUACUUGUGUUUUACCUCUCAAGUUAAGAUGAUGUGUACAGUUUUGAGUGGAAACUGACGGACUGUGAAGUAGCUGGAGUGGUCAGCACUAAUUGGCUCAAAGACUCUUGAGGACCCUCUCUCUCCUCAAACGAGAGCUCCAGAAGUUCUACCCAGACGUGAGGGCCAAGGAGUGCCAUGUCGAAUCCGUGUUCCAGCAUUCUGGAGCUGCUGGGUAUGAUCGUGGGGGUAGGGGCAUGGAUCUGCUCGCUUGCUGCUACACUCAUGCCCAGUUGGUUGACCCUCACCACUGAGCUGCUGGCCGUGGAGAGCUAUGAAUUGGGCCUGUGGGAGACCUGUGUGGUGCAGGAGGGGUCAGCCACCGAGUGUCGUCCCUUCGAAACCCUGCUGGGUCUGUCGCACAACCAAACACUGGCACGCAUCUGCAUGUGCAUAGCACACGCCAUAGCACUCCUGGGCCUCCUGAUCGCUGCCCCAGGUCUGAGACUGGUGAAAAGUUGUGAGGGGUCGGCGGGACGGCGGGUGAAGCGCGGCAUCAAGAUCACGGCAGGAGUGUUGAUCCUGAUAGCUGGAACCCUCAUACUCUUUCCUGUUUCCAAAAUCGCCCAUGAGACCGUUUUGAAGUUCCAUGAUCACUCAUUGCCUCAUACUGUGCCUCGCCCGGAGUUUGGCGACGCGUUGUUCAUCGGCUGGGCUGCAGGUUUUUUUCAUGUUGUCUCUGCAGUGUUGUUCUUCGUCUCCUGUUGUGGUUCAGAAGUGAACGAGAUGCACAUAGUGUACCAUCACGAGGAAAAGCUUCAGCCUGUGAACGGCUUGUCCAAAAAGCGUGUAGAGUACGUUUAGCAGGAACUAGUAAACUUUCAGAGUGUUUCUAUUGUGACAGGACAUAUGAACUGAUGAAUUUCCCUCUAUAAUUUACACUGCUCUGUUUUUUCUUUGGUCACUGCAGUCCAACAGGCAAUUUGUUUGAUUAAAUCUGCUGGUAUGUGCUAAUAUUUUUCACUUUGCUCCUAUUAGUAAUAGGUUUCUAUUAUCAGCUGAUGUGAAUUAAUACUCUUAAACUGCAUAAACAUAUGUACACAAUCUUUUUUCCAAGAGAUAUUUUCUGAUUUUCAAUCUAGCAGUGCAUAGUGUGCAACAGUGUAUGUAUGUAUGUAUAUAUAUAUAUAU